AUGGCUCCUAAAGUAGCUAUCGUUUUCUACUCCAUGUAUGGCCACAUCCAAAAGCUUGCUGAAGCCGAACAGGCAGGUCUCAGGAAAGCCGGAAUUGAAGCCGAUCUCUUCCAAGUUCCAGAGACUCUUCCUCAAGAGGUCUUGGCUAAGAUGCACGCUCCCGCAAAAUCAGACAUUCCAAUCAUUGACCAAAAGACUCUUGCGAACUAUGACGCAUUCCUCUUCGGUAUCCCAACCAGAUAUGGUAACUUCCCCGCCCAAUGGAAAGCCUUCUGGGACGCUACCGGCAGCCAAUGGCAAACCGGAGGCUACUGGGGAAAAUUCGCCGGAAUCUUCGUUUCCACCGGCACUCCAGGUGGUGGGCAAGAGAGCACCGUUCUUGCUUCUCUCUCAACAUUAGCUCAUCACGGCAUCAUCUAUGUUCCAUUGGGUUAUGCAAAGUCGUUCCCACAACUCGCAAACUUGGAAGAGGUUAGAGGUGGUUCCCCAUGGGGUGCCGGAACUUUCGCUGGCGCCGAUGGAUCUCGAUCACCCUCUGCACUCGAGUUAGAACUUGCUACCAUUCAAGGCGAGGAAUUCGGAAAGACCAUCAGCAAAGUCAACUUCGCGUGA